CGCCCUGCCACCAUAGAGCAGCGCGGGAGGCGACAGAGCGUCGUCCGUACCGCGCUUCCGGGGGGUGGUGCUCCGCGGAGCUCCUAGGCGGGAAGGGCCCUGUGAGGGCUCCCCCUGCCGGCGGGGCGGAGCGCGGCGCGGUGCCCGCGGUGCCAUGGCGGAGCUCGGCGCUCACCUCACGGCCGCCUCGGCCGCCGAUGACCGGCCCUCCAUCUUCGAGGCGGUGGCGCAGGACAGCCUCAUGGCCGCCGUGAAACCCGCCCUGCAGCACCUGGUCAAGGUGCUUGCUGAGUCCAAUCCUGGCCGAUACGGCUUCCUCUGGCACUGGUUUGAUGAGGUCUAUGUCCUUCUGGACAUGCUGCUCCAGCAGCACUACCUGGCCAGGUGCAGUGCUUCCUUUUCUGAAAACUUCUACAGCUUAAAGAGGAUCCCCACAGGAGACCGUGAGCAGCAACCUCUGGCCACUGCUGGCCUGCCAAAGAGGCAGCACUGGAAGUCUCUCCUCUUGCUGGUUCUUGUGCCUUACCUGAAAGGAAAGCUGGAGAAACUGGUGUCCACGCUGAGGGAAGAGGAUGAGUACUCCAUCCACCCUCCCUCGUCGUCCUGGAAGCGCUUUUACAGAGCCUUUCUAGCUGCCUACCCCUUUGUAAACAUGACCUGGGAGGGCUGGUUUCUUAUCCAGCAACUGUGCUAUAUCCUGGGGAAGGCUCAGCAUCAUUCACCCCUGCUGCGCCUGGCUGGCGUUCGCCUGGUCAGGCUGACUGCGGAGGAUAUCCUGGCCCUGGAGAAGAAACUGGGGGGAGCCACCUCACAUCAUACACCCAGCAUUAAAACCCAGGUGCAGUCAGCAGUGAGGAAAGCCCUGGGCGGCAUCACCUUCUCCCUGUCCACCGGGCUGUCGGUCAGCGUGUUCUUCCUCCAGUUCCUGGACUGGUGGUACUCCUCCGAAAACCAGGAGACCAUCAAAUCUCUGACGGCGCUCCCGACUCCUCCACCCCCCGUGCACCUCGACUCCAGCUCCACUCUCCUACCCAAACUGAAGACCGUGUGCCCCCUGUGCCACAAAACCCGUGUCAAUGCCACAGCCCUGUCCACGUCUGGCUUUGUCUUCUGCUACCGCUGCGCGUACGGCUAUGUGAAGGCUCAUCAGCGCUGCCCCGUCACGGGCUAUGCCACAGAGCUGCAGCAUCUUGUCAAACUGUACUCUCCUGAGAGCUGAAAGGAAAGAGAAUCGUCCCUGCAGGUAGCAGCUGGGUAGCACUGAGCCUAAAUUCUCCCCUCCUUGUGUCCCAUAAAAGACUUCGGACCAUUACAGCUCAUAAGUGAGCUCUAAAGCUGCUUUGAACUUGGCGAUACAUCAGUUCUGCUGCCCUUGUGAAUUCUGGUAAGGCUCUCCCCUUUAUUCAAACAUCCUGUGACAGUCUCAGAGGGAUUGGACAGCCUCAGUCUGUCAGCCAGCACAGAAGUGCCUUCAGAGACCAACCGAAAGGGAAGAAACAUUGAUUUGGAUAAGAAGAAUGUAGAUCAAAGACCAUCGCUGGUAAAUUCCCUACUCAGGGGCAUGAAUCAGCAAAUUAAAGAGGUAGGGAAACUUCUUCAGGCAAGUUGCUGCUCCCUCAGCAGCUUCCCAGCACUGCUGGGGCAAGCUCUGGCACUAGUGCUUGUCACGGAGGUAGAGACAGGCUCAAACCUCUGCUCUGAUCGUGCUGUUCUUCAGGGUCUCCCUGAUUUUUCAGGCGUCUUGCCUUUGAAUUGAGAACAUCACCUCCAUAAUUCCCACUGACAGUUCUAACUGAAGGGUUUGACUCUUUAAAGGAAGAAAAGUUGAUGUGUGUGAACAAGGAGAUGAGAGGGGCGUUACAUUUGCGCACAAGGGAGAAAAACGACAAACCAGAGCAAAGCAGCGACUGUGCCAACUGAUGGGAAUUGACUUUUUUGUUAAAUAAGUCUUUGCAUUUGGUGUUAUCUGCUUUCAUAAAGCAAAAUUCUCUCUUGAUUGAGAACCUAAACUUAAUUCUUUCCUGGUCAUUGGAAAAACAGAGGAGCUCUGUUUAUAUAAGGGAGACAGGACUGAAACAGCUUUCAUCUCUGCAGAUAAUGAUAAUGGAUAGGAGUAUUUUAUAAGCUGAGAAUCUUUAAUGUCUGUGUUUAAUUAUUACAUGGAAUUACUCCAGUCCCAACCAUGUAACACAUUCACAUCAUAGCAAAGCAUCCUUUCGCUGAACAGAGGAGAGAACGUUAUGGCUGGUUCCUGUGACACCCGGGUUUGCGAUGGAAGGUGUUUUCCUGACUGGGCUCUAGGGAGCAGCAGUCAGCUCCUCCACACACCACCAGCACAUCCCUUGCAGAAUAUGAAGAGGCAAGUUUGCUGCACAAGGUCUUUCCAGAUUAAGUGGUAUGUUCUGACAUUUAAUCCACUGAACCAGGUCAGCUCAUUUCCCCCCACACUUUAGCUUUGCUGGAGAAGAUAAAAAUCUGCAAUAUCCUGCCUCACCUGUAAGCAAGAUAGCAAGGUUAGUGAAUAACAUGGAAAAAGACAGCAAUUUGUAUCCUCCCAGAGAUGCUCUGGAAAACACCUGCUGUAACAAAUGAGAUUUGUCACUUGUCUUACUAUCUCUGUACAACUUCCAGACUCUUCUACCUGUGCCACUAUGGAAUAAGAAUAAAAACUGUCUCGUUUUUCCUUUA